GGUGCUGAGCAAAUGUUUAACCUAAAUUAUGGAAUAAGUUAUCAUCAAAAUCGGAAAAUGUGUUAAUUUUGGUGAAUAUUAGUUUUCUCUUACUUAGACAUCUACGGUCUGAUUCUGACAAGCUGGAAAAGCUUUCGGUUUAUUUGGUCCAAUCACUGCUGAUUGUGGCUUAGUUUUUAUCUUCACCAUGAUUGUUUUUCGUUACCUAUUAUGUCAGAAAGCCGAUGCCCUCUUGAUCGAUUUCACUCUGUUAACCAGCACUAAAGCGAUUCAGAGCGCAUCUCGAUCUGACCGUCGCAUUAAGCUUCAUCUUCACUACAUUAGAAACUUACUUGGAAAUGUCGAUAACAUUCGCUUUUAUCCUGUGGACUUCUCUACUGGGACUCGUACUCGUCACUCUCUUACGCGUUCGUGCUCGUUACAAAUCGUCCAAUGUAGCAACCAUACGAAGCAUGAUCGUUUUUGGUUCCGGUGGACAUACAGCGGAAAUGCUUCCAUUUGUUGAUGCCUUGACCAGCCGCUAUUCCCCACUAGUAUGCAUAGUGGCUUCUUCAGAUUACAUGAGUGAAGAUAAAGUGUCAACCUUGUUACAGUCUAAACAUUUGGAGUAUACCAUCGAACGCAUCCCUCGGCCUCGUGAGGUCAAACAGGCUCUAUCUACAGCUAUCUUUUCCUUUUUAUACAGUUGUAUGCUGACCAUCCCUAUUGUACUUCGCCACUCUCCCGAGCUGGUGUUAUGUAAUGGUCCGGGAACUUGUCUACCGAUCUGCUUUGUCGCCUAUAUCUUCCACCUCAUCUUCGGGCACAAACUGGUCGUUGCCUACGUGGAAAGUGUAUGCAGGACAAAGACCCUUUCUCUCACAGGAAAAAUACUAUAUCACUGCCGCUUUGCUGACAUUAUUGUACAGUGGCCAGAGCUAAGAGAUAUCUAUCCACGUUCGAAUUACUUAGGUUUGCUCUCUUGAUGGGUAUCCUGUGAACGAAUCCUAAGUUGUAAAAAGAAACACUUUGUAAUACAUUUUUAGGAACUUUGUUGCCCCGAAUUUUAUUCCCAACUACUCCCUUCGACUCUAUUGUUCCUAAUGUCGCUGAAUUUCACGCAUAUCCACAGCCGUGCAUCGUGGAUGUAAGUGAUUCGCUUGGAUCUCGAACAAUUCGUAAUACUCCAGAG